AUGGAAGAGUGGCUACAUCCAUUCAUGGGUUGCAUUGUUCGCGUCGUCGAAAGCCUAGACCAAACAUUCCAGGGGGGACGACAGAAAUGGGCUGGUGGACACGUAUCAUUUGCUGUCCAAACGAACUCUUCUUCGCAUGAAUCUCUUACUGACUCAAAUGGUCGGGGGUCCUUGGAGUAUCCAUGCAACACAAUCGACAUCGCAGCCGGUCGAAUGGAGGAUAGACAGGCCCAGCUGCAGGCCAGCAACGCAAUCUUGAAUAGGCAUCUAGACUACUCUAACAGAGGAUUCCGAGCCCAAUCAUCUGUGCAGAUUGAGCUCUGCCCUGCGCCAAUGCAAGGCUCAACGUCAUCGCAAGUGGCGUCUGUGUUAUAUGAAGCGCCUUUGCCCGCUGGUGAUGGACCUUACUCGAUGCUCAUAAAUAGUGAUCGUGCAAUCACUGUUGAGGGCUACGCCACAGGUGCAGACCAACAGUUUUUGCCAAAUGGUACCUGGGAACAGGAUCGUCCGGAUCUGGCCGCAAGCUGCCCUCGCCCCGAUUGGCCUAUGUGUCCGGUCCCGUCGCAACAUAGCCAACCCUAUGCGGGAUCAUCAGCCUAUGGCAUAGGCUUGCAUGAGGACACAAUUCACGGCGAAAGCCUCUAUGCGGGUCGAUACCAAUACCAACCGCGCUUGGGUGACCGCGUACCCAGCGCAUUUCUACCUGGCCUACAGAUCGUAGGGCAGAUAAGAAACAACACCAGUUACAACAACUUUCCCGAAGGCGACGCGGUCUCUCACGGAAAUGUCGACCAAGUUUCCAACACCGGCUUCAAGUACCAGGCCGUGACGACAAUCGGACACGAGCGAAGCCACGCACCUAUUCCCGGCUCGCUCUCCACCUGUCCCUCCGCCACGAGCAAGCCUCGCAAGGGGAAGCAGACCAAGCGCAAACCGGAAGUUUCAGCGUCUUGCAGCGUCUGCUAUAAGGUCUUCGAUCGCGCUGGCGAUUGUAACCGCCACCAGAGAACCACUAAAUGUGCUGGAGGCGCACGAACGCGAUUCUCGUGUAGUAAAUGCGGGAGGCCAUUUACACGGUCUGACAAUUUGCUGAUGCAUAUGGACAAAUUCCACAAUUUCAUUUUGAUGGUCAAUGUUGAGCUUGAAAGGGCACGAGGAUAUGGGCAAGGUAGAAGGAGCGCUCAUUUGAACACCAACGAAGCGGCAGGUCAGGCGUACGAUAGCGGUGAUGCUGAGAUCACAAUAGCAGAACAGGGUGAAGUCGAGGUUGAGAAGGAAGCGCUUGAUCCUGCCAUCACAUCAAGCGAUCAUUCCGCUGUGGCGCGCGCUGUGAGCGCUUUCAACGAAGACGUGGACACCAUCAUAGAAUGGUAUUACGUUUACCAGGAUUCCUUUUAA